GGCCCUGCCAACGAGACCAUAUUUUUGAUGGAUGAUGUCGAAUGUUUGGGCAACGAGACUUCGAUUCGAGAAUGUCAAUUCAAUGGAUGGGGAGUACAUGAUUGUUUACCAGAGGAGGCUGCUGGUGUUGUUUGCAGAACUCCUGCAGUAACCUGUCCAAAAGAUUUCUGGUUGUGUUCCUCAAAGGACGAGUGCAUUCCUACCAGUUUCCUAUGCGACAAUGUCGAUGACUGUGCCGAUGGAUCAGAUGAGUCAGAACAAAUCUGCAAUGAAGAUAUCGAGGUGCGUCUAGUUGAUGGUCCAAAUAAAAUGGAAGGUCGUGUAGAAGUGAAAUUUCGCGGAAUUUGGGGAACAGUUUGCGAUGAUGACUUCACGGAUAAAGCUGCACGAGUUGUUUGCAAUAUGUUAGGCUUCAAUGGACCAGCACGUGCCAGAAAAGAAGGUUUCUACGGCUCGGGCUCUGGGCAAAUCUGGCUCGACCAAGUAGCUUGUUUUGGCAACGAAUCCAGCAUUGCCCAAUGUAUGCACUGGCAAUGGGGAGAAAAUAAUUGUGGGCACAGUGAAGAUGUAGGAGUCGUUUGUUCAAACUCAACAAAUCCUAAAGACAAAAAUAACAGAGGAAGAGGACUUGCAGUCAAUGGUGAAGAUGAUUCGACUUUAGAUUUUGUGGAUGAUAAGUUUCUUACGAGGCAAUGGGAUUCCGGUGAAAUUUUACCGAAGAAUGUGGAGUCAGGGUGA